AUGAAUAACACUAUUAGAAAACGACUACGGAGUGAUAGUGAAGAAGAUGAAAGCAAUCAAGGUCCAAUCUAUGCAUCUGAUCUUAAACAAGAAAUUGUCCUUCAAGGUCUUUAUCGAUUAUGGAAUCUUAACAGUCCAAAAGCCUAUCAAUUACUUUAUGAUGAACUGCAACGUUUGUAUAUAAUAGCUAAAGAACCUAAUUUAAAAAUAAAAAGAAUAAAACAUCGACAUCCUACAAUACCGAAACCUGUAAAAUCUUUGAUUGAUCCUCUUCUAAGAGCCGUUCAGAUGGAAGAAUUUAAAGAUCAGCUUCAUGAUGAUAAUGGUGUUCCUAAUUUUGCACAUCUUCAACAUCAUUUACAACCUAAUUCUAAAAAACGAGAUGAUUCAAUGGUUUCAUGCGAUAACCAAAAAUAUCUAUCACAGUUGCAAGAUCGAUAUAAAAAGUUUAUAGUAAAUGAUAAAAGGACAGGACUUGGUGCAUUAGAUAAGAAUAUACGAAAUUAUUACAUGUAUCUAGCUCUUGAAGAACAUGAAAUGAAAAAUGGACCGCUCGAUGAUGAAGAAUAUGAGCUUUCAAUAGUGGAUGGCUCUUGUUGGACACCAGCAGAAAAGAAGAGAUUCUUUUUAGCAGUGGAGCGAUGUACUCGAGGCGAUGUGGUUGAGAUUGCUCGACGCGUAGGACCGACCAAGACGGUCAAUGAGGUGGCAGCUUAUUUGAAUUUAUUAGAUGCAGCUUCGAAUUGUAUUGGAAAUGAUCCAGAUGAAAGUUACAAAAUUCAAUAUUCUGCUAAAGAAAUGUCACCCUUAUUUAUGAUGCAAGAAACUCGAAUGGCAACAUUGUUAGAAGAGAAGAUUGAAAUAGAGAAUUAUGAUAGACAUCAAAGAUUAAUUCAGGAUAAUAACCCUACCUUGGAGAAAGCGAUGGAAUUGUUUGAAGUUUGGAACAUGUCUUCUCUUACUCAUUUUUUUUCGGAUUUCAAAGAUAUGACCCUCUUAUCAAGUACAAUUGUUCACUUUUAUGAGCUUUUAAAGACCUUUAUCAUUGAUAUCCUGGCACAUGUUCAUACUGAAUUACUGGAUAAAAAAGAUAAAACUAUAAGUCGUGCUUUAAUGAAUUUUGUUAUUGCUAAAAGACAAAGGAUUUGGACAGACAUAAAUGAAGAAAGCGACAGACGCUUAAAAGAUUUAGAUAUAAUGUCUAUACUGGACAAACGUAAAGAUUUACAUGAACAAUAUGCACAAAAUAAGACUGCAAGUUAUUUAGCUAAAAGACGAAGGAAAGGUUGGAUGAAUAAAGAUAAUGAUACAGGUGACGAUAUGCUUCAACCAUUUGAUGUCCAGGACAAAUUACCGCCUUCAUAUCAUAUGGUCUAUGAGCAUGAAAAUUUUCGAUUUAUUCAAUCAAAGUUAAAUUCAACAAGACUUUUUGAAAACGAAAUUGGUAUAAAUCAAAAGAAUAAAGAUUUGGUAAAUAUUAGAGAAAAAAGGAUGCAAAUAGACGAAAGUGAAGACUCUGCUCAUGAAGAAAAUAAUAGCUCAAAUGAUGAAUCUAAUGUUAGCUAUAAUGAUGAUGAUGAAAGUGAUAGCUCUGUCAAUGAAGAAAACUUUAUAAUAGAAAAAGAUUUAGAAAUAGAAGCAGAAAAAGAAUUAGAAGAGGAUAAAUUGCUAGAAAUGAAAAUGAAGGAAUCAGACAAGAGUUAUGAAGCAAAAUUAAUACAGCAGCUUGGAUUUUAUGAUGCAGAGCAAGUAAUGAAUGAAGCUAAUAAAGAACCUGUCUCCAUUCCAAGAUAA